AUGGCAGACGAAGAUACGUACCUUGAUCGUGAAGGGGACCGUCUCUCUCGAGAUCGCGGAUCUAGCGCGCCGCCGCCCAGUCGCGAAGCUGAUGACCUGCCGCAGGCCGUCACAAACAAUACGGCAUCACGUGCUGCAGCCAACUUCUUGUCCAACCAGAUCAAGAUUAUGAAGUUGAUCCUCGAGAUAACGACUACCAAACUUGAUAUCUUUGAGAAUCUGACUCGUCUGGCCGGCAAAAUAGAUGCUGUGGAAAACGCUAUCCAAGAGACACCUACCGAUAUCGAGAAAAUCAAGGCGCUCGUUGCCACUGCCAGAGAGGAGAAUGAGCAGCAACUCUUGGCUAUCAAGGAAAUGAAACGCGCUGCAUUAGAUUUGCAGGAAGCCGUUCGACAACAAGAUUUCUUGGCGACUGUCGCUCAGUUGAACGGCUUCCAUGGUAUGACAGUCUCGAAUACGAACGCGGAUGAAACUAGGGUAAACAAUUACCUUGCUUCGGCAGAGCGCCUCCUCUAUGACCUAGGGAAACUCAAGCAGAAACUUAACAUAUUGUUAAGGAACUUGAAAAAUGAGGACGGCUCGGAUAUCGCUGAUGGCACCAACGGCAAUAGUGCUGGAAGUCAGUAA